GCGAAUAUCCGAAGAAAAUAAAUAAUUAGAAAAAAGAAAAAGGGAAAAUCGUGCCUUCGUUUUCUUCUUCGCCUUCUCGUCAUCUCUUCCGUCAGAAUCAGAAGCUCUGCAACAUCAACCCAGUCCCGUCGAGCUCCAGUUGUCUGAUUCGGGAUUGGAUCUUCCAAUCGCGCCGAUUGGGAUCAUAUAAGAUCCAAAAGCAACUGACUUGGAUCCUGGCGACAGUGAUCUACUCUUUCUAUGGAUAAACCAGUCACGUGAGGCUUAAUUGAGCUCUGCCCAUAUGCAAAAGAUGGAAUUUUUCGUCAGCACAUGAUGAAUCUAUGGAAGUCUAAGGGCUUUCGUACGGCAGUUCUCAGCAUAGAUACCAACUUCCAUGUAUGAAACUAGAUAUGUAUUCCGUUGCUGUCUUAACCGGAGCUUGUAAGCAGAAGAUAGAAUUUGCGUUGUUUGGAUUUAUGGUUACAUUGUCUUCAUUCAGUUAAUUGUACUUCAACUGAGCAGGGAUUGAUGACGGUUCCCUCUACACCCACGAGUUCUACUGUUUCGACCUAUUCAGGAACACUGUCCUCGACAAGCUUUGAUACGAGCGAGCCAAGUCCUGCGACCUCUGGGCUUUUUGCAAUGCCUGAACAAGAUCUUAAUGACAACGAAGAGACGGAACUGCUAUCGGUGUCCUGGAACCAAGACUACAGCUGCUUUGCAGCUGGCACCACCAGAGGUUUCCGUAUCUAUAACUGCGAGCCAUUCAAGGAGACUUUCAGGCGGGAUUUGAAAAGCGGCGGGUUCAAGAUUGUAGAAAUGCUUUUCCGUUGCAACAUUUUGGCCCUGGUUGGGGGUGCGGCUAAUUCUCAGUAUCCUCCCCAUAAGGUUCUGAUCUGGGAUGAUCAUCAGAGUCGGUGCAUUGGUGAAUUUGCAUUUAGGUCAGAAGUACGAGGUGUAAAGCUGAGACGUGAUCGUAUAGUUGUUGUGCUUGAGCACAAGAUCUACGUUUAUAAUUUCGUCGACCUGAAGCUGCUCCAUCAGAUUGAAACUCUGUCUAAUCCAAGGGGACUUUGUUGCCUUUCGCACCAUGCAAACACGUCUGUCUUGGCUUGCCCAGGUCUUCGACGAGGACAAGUUCGUGUGGAACAUUUUGGACUGCAUAUGACAAAGUUUAUUAAUGCUCAUGAUAACAAUGUAGCAUGCUUCACCUUGACCAUGGAUGGGAUGCUUCUUGCAACUGCAAGCACAAAGGGUACUCUUAUAAGGAUAUUUAACACGUUGGAUGGGACUCGCUUACAGGAGGUCCGUAGAGGAGUGGACAGAGCAGAAAUUUCAAGUAUUGCUCUCUCACCAAAUGUCCAGUGGUUGGCUGUGUCAAGUGACAAAGGAACAGUCCACAUAUUCAGCCUUCGAGUUAGAGUGGGAGGGGAGGACUCUUCUGCACAGUCAAGUGUUGUUCAAAGCCCGGCCCUUCUAUACCAGAAUUCCUCAAGUGGCCUUGAUCCUUUGAUUUCUACAAACACUGGUGCCAACCCUAGUUCAUCUCUAUCUUUUAUGAGAGGGGUUUUACCGAAAUAUUUCAGCUCAGAAUGGUCUUUUGCCCAGUUCCACUUACCAGAAGAGACUCAAUUUAUUGCUGCAUUUGGAUCCAAAAAUACGAUUGUAAUGGUUGGCGUGGAUGGGAGCUUUUACAGGUGCAGCUUUGAUCCCGUGAAUGGAGGGGAGAUGGUGCAGCAGGAAUACGUACGAUUUCUCAAAACUGAUACUAAGCCCAAAUAGGGGUCAUGCCUCAGGUGCACGGGUGAUAGCUUCCAUUUCCUAAUGUUCGCGGGAUGAAAUUCUUCAAACAUUUGUAAAAACUGUAAAUAUGUAACUCCAUUGUGGCAUUUGAAGAUAUGCAGAAACUUUAUGUGAAUCUAUAUGCAGCCUGUGAAUAUUCGAUAAGAUAGUUGACUACUAUUAAUGUUUAUACUACC